CCAAUGCCAAAACCGAAAGUUGAGUAAUCGAGACCUGUCUGAAUCCCGUGUCGCUCCUCUGGAACUUUCUUUUACACGCGCUCCGUUCCUAAAAGCUGUUUCUUCCAAAAGAUCACAUACGAAAUGGCGAAACUUGUUCCAUCGGUUUUGUGGGCUCAACGGAAAGACAAGGCUCUUGUUAGCAUCCAGCUCGAUGAUGUAACAGAAGAGAAUAUAUCUGUUGAUUCUACAAAGUUGACAUUCAGUGGAAAAUCUGGUGGCAAAACAUACGAAAUUGACCUGGAAUUCUUUGAAGAAAUAGUUCCACAGGACUCAAAACAGAGGAAGGGUGGUCGAGAAUACUAUUUCGAAUUAAAGAAGAAGAAGGAAGAUGGACCGUUCUGGCCAAGGUUGUUAAAAGAUACGAAAAAACAUGCAAAUAUAAAAGUUGAUUUUAACCGAUGGAAAGACGAAGAUGAAUCAGACGAAGAAGCAGGCAUGUACGACGAUGCUAGCCUACAAGAUAUGAUGCAACAGAUGGGCACCGGUGGUGGCGGUGGUGCGUUUGAUCCUGGAGAGGCUUUAGAUUCAGAAGACAGUGAUGAUGAAGAUAUUCCGGAUCUGGAAGACGAUUCUGGUAAAAAAGUUGAGGAAUAAAAAAUUGCGUCGCAUGCGGUAUAAAAAGGAGGGCUGUAAAAGUUUGGAACGGCGUAUCAUCGCCAUGUUAACUAGACAAUGUAAAAAGAACUGUUGUGUGAAGUGAAGAUUUUAUUUGACAAGUCGGAAUGCAUUGCUAACAUAUUUCGUACUACACAAAAUUCAGUGUCAGCUUCGCUAGAAUCUUUUCCACUUUUAAAUCACUUUAAGUUUGAUGUGUGUUCAGUCUAUUUUUUUCGCACUUAUUUCAAAUUCAAUCUGUGUUCAAUCUAUUCUCAAUGUAGAUAUACUAUUUCAAUUGAGUAUUUGUAAAUAUGAGAAAAGAUCUCUUUUGUAAAAGAUCAACUUCCGACAGUCGUUUUCA